UCUUCUGUUAUGUUUAAAUAUUUAGAAAAUAAUUGCAGCAAAGAUGAUUAUCUAACUUAUGUAUGUCAAAUUCCUCCAAUUUAUGGUAACUGUUUCUUUACCUCCCUCAUCUAAAUUCUGAAUAUUCCAAACAUAUUAACAAGAGGUGACACUAACUAUAUUAAGCCUGCUAAAUUUUGCAAGAAUGAAAGCUAAUGUUAUUCUUGUAUCAUCUGUAUGAUUAGAGUUCUGAUUUAGUGAUUGCUAGGACCAGGCUAAACCUCAAUGGUUGCACAAACUACUUCUUCAACUGAUUCCCUUUGAUGUGCAUUCAAAUAUGUCAAAAGCUUCAUGCCUAACCAAGAUUUUACAAGGAUUGGGAGUGAGCAUAUGGACUAAGAUGAAGAUCUGGGGUCAAAAUAUAUGGCUGCCACAGCUAACUCUAAGUUAGACAUAAUUUAGUUUGAUGAAAGUUUGAAACCAAAGCUUAUUCUCAAGUAAAUAUUUUGAACUUAUUACUGCAUACCACUUUGCUAUCUUUCUUGGUUUCUUCCUUGUCGUCUCUGCAAUGUUUUCUAAUAUUAUCACUUCUUCUUAUUUCUCUGAGCGAAUUGAUCUUUGGCUUGUAUCUAUUAACGCCACAUCAAACUUCUUGGCAUCUUUCAUCUUCCUUUUGUCUUUGUAUUACUCUUCAGUAGGAAGUUUGUUCUGCUCUUAGAAACUAUGAAGGGUUAAAAUUGAAAGAUUUAGGGUUUAAUUUUAAAGUUUAUGGGGUACGCUAUCUCAUUCUUCAUUGUUGGAUUAAUCUUUAUCAAAUCUUCACGGUCUUUAUCUUCCUUCAAAGCUCUUUAGUUUCUAACUGAAUUGGCUAAGCUCUAGGUUUCAUCAUAAUACACUGAUGCUAAGAUAUCAUAGAAGAAUUUUUAUCUGGCAUCUGCUUCUCUGAAAUCUCAGGCAUGUAUGUGGACAAAUUGCCAAUAUGCUUAAAUUGAUGCCAAUUUUUUGAGAAUUAGUUCGCUGUAUUCUAGAAUUUCUAAAUGAAUGAUUAAGCAAUUUUUGAAAGCUCCAAUAAGAGUAGUUAGUCAUUAAC